AUGAUCGAGGGGCCCUGGAGCGAGGCGUCGUCCACUUCUUCUACCUUCGGAAAGCCUCUUCGUCAAAUCACCACCUGUGAUUGGGAUGCUGUGGCAUUUGCUAUCGUUCUUGAUAUUAUCCACGGCCGUCAUCGAGAUGUGCCUCGAGCUGUCAAUCUUCGAUUGAUGACUCGAAUCGCUACCAUAGUCGAUUACUAUGAAUGCCAAGAGGUCGUGCAGAUUUUUGCUGAUGCUUGGUAUGAGGACAUCUGUACCGGAAUUGAGGACGAGUACUCCGGUAACACUCUGAUGUGGCUAUGUGUUUCUUGGGUCUUCCCUAAUCCAGACAUUUUGGACUCAGCGACGCAGAUUAUCCUCAAGCACAUGUACGGCCGUUCACAACUCAGUACGAAGCAUCUUCCCAUCCCUGGAGUUCUGAAAAGAAUUGACAGCAAACGACAAGAGCUCAUCGGCAAGAUCGUGGCAGCUCUUCACGACCUUCUCGACACUCUUCCCACCUCAGACUUUCUCUGCGACUGGCACAAGUAUGAGUCCCCGACUUGCUCCUCCAUCGCGCUGAGCAUUUUGGUGCGGGAGUUGCAAAGUCUCGAAGAAGGGGGCCGCCCGCUUGUGCCCCCUUUUGACGGUUACAGCGUUAAUAGCACGAUUCAAUUGGUCAAUGACAUGCCUGAGUCGAUUGCAGCUACGACCGAAGAGUAUGACCACUAUAACGAUGUGUCUGCGUGCAGUGUCAGGGCUAGAAUGAGGCAUGUUCUUGGAGGUGUCAAGGCUGAGCUGAAUUCUUGGACUCUUGAUUUGGAUAAGAAGGUUUGA